AUGACAGGACGAGAGUUCUUUACUCGCUUUCCGAGUCUCCAUGGAUUCCUGCUUGAAGAGUUAACUGCUUGCAUUGGAUCCCAAACCGGCAUGGACGCAGGAUACCUUCAGCCAAGCGUGUUUGCCAUCUUGCUCCUCCUAUCAAGAUUGUACCCAUCACCUACUGAUGGAGCAGACUCUAGUUUAAGUCUUGCACCCUUCAUUUCUAUGGUCCAGAGAUGUGGUUCAAGUGCUAUUUACAAGACACGAACGAUAGCAGCAAGAUCUCUAGCUUCUUUGAUUCCAUCUGGUGAGGUCUUGAAGAUGGUGGAGUUUCUCAUCAACUCCCUACCAAAAUGCCAGACACAGAAGCAUCACCAAAAUGAGAUCCAUGGAGUACUUUUGCAGGUACAUUUGCUCCUACAGAACCAUCUGAAGGGAAGUCAGCAGUCGUUUGGUGCCCGGCAACACAGUCUGCUUCAACAGGCUGUUGCAUCAUUCAAGAACUGCAUGUGGUUAGCCACCAGUUCAAAUCAAUGCGCUGUUACACGAGCAGAGUUCUUAAACAUCCUCAACACAUUUGUGAUGGAUUCAUCGUGGCUGCAAACACACUUCCCUGGAUGUGGUUCAAGUGCUAUUUACAAGACACGAACGAUAGCAGCAAGAUCUCUAGCUUCUUUGAUUCCAUCUGGUGAGGUCUUGAAGAUGGUGGAGUUUCUCAUCAACUCCCUACCAAAAUGCCACACACAGAAGCAUCACCAAAAUGAGAUCCAUGGAGUACUUUUGCAGGUACAUAUGCUCCUACAGAACCAUCUGAAGGGAAGUCAGCAGUCGUUUGGUGCCCGGCAACACAGUCUGCUUCAACAGGCUGUUGCAUCAUUCAAGAAUUGCAUGUGGUUAGCCACCAGUUCAAAUCAAUGCGCUGUUACACGAGCAGAGUUCUUAAACAUCCUCAACACAUUUGUGAUGGAUUCAUCAUGGCUACAAACGCACUUCCCUGGACUAGUUCAUCAGGCUGACCUUAAAGAAUUGCAGGAGGAUGUUAUCAGAGCAGCUUCUCAUGAUGGCUCUCCUCCUCCUGAUGUGGUAUCAUUGGAUCAUGUGGCAUUAAUGCAAGCAAUCACAAACACCCACUUUUAUAGCUGUAAAUCAAAUUUUACCACAAAAUUCAGAAAACAUUUAUAUGAAAAGGAUAUUCAAGCAUCUCAAGAAGUAGAUCCACCUGAAAGCGAUAAAUUGUUGUCAGACAGUAAAACUGUCUGUUGCACCUUGAAUGGCAGCUCUUGUGCAGGAACAGUGAUUCAACAUUUGUCCUCUAAUCUCUACGAAGUCAGACUCCUUGUGUUGGAACAUAUCCUUGUAGAAUUAAAGCAUGAUUCACACCAGGGACAUGAAAGGACAUGCUUCCAGAAUGUCUGCAAGAGUAAGGACAUAUUCAAGCAGCUAGGCUUUAUGUUAGCUUCAGAAACGCAUCAUGAUUGUAAAGUCAAGUUACUAGAAGUGCUUAGUCGUCAUCCGGUGGCACGUUGUUUUCCAUGGAGUCUUGGUGAUGGUCGUCAGCUAACAUGCACGCAAGCCGGGGAUUUCAUUCUGACCUUAAUUGGUGGGGACAGUGUUAGAGAUGAUCUGGUUGGUGGCGUCCUUGCUCUCUCAAGUGUUUUGAUUCCAUUUGUAUAUGAAUCAAUGACAGAGGAUGUGGAAGAUAAACCUGGAAGAGAUUUUAUCAAAUAUGUUAUUGAGUUGAUGGACAAGAGCAGUUAUGCAGAACAUACAACUCAGUUGAGACUCAGAAUAGCGCAGACACUCAACAAAACUGCCCUCUAUGUCCUCAUUGAUCAUAAAAAUCAUCUGGGUGAAGUGUCAGUGGCCGCUUGGAGUGUUGUGUUGCGAUUACUGCAGGAUAGUGACUCUGAUAUUAGGUCAUCAAUGACAAAUUGUGUCCGUACUGUUGCAGAACACACGCCUUCUUUAUUUUCCGAUAGUCAGUUUUAUUGGGACGUGCAUGCACGCUUGGGCCUCCAGCUAGCUGUUGAUAUGAUGAUUGACAUACAUCACUCAAAGAAUACAUGUUGCUUUUACAAGAUGAUCUUCAGCUAUGUGAUGGGAGAACCAGAAGACUUCAUUCUUGAAGAGGUUGAAGAUGAUAAACUUUUUGACAGAGGAGAAGCCAACACAAACCAUGAAGAAGUCGCGUUAUUAAAGAUCUUGCUGAAAAGUUUUACAAAUCAUGCUGAUCUACACACACAUGUAAAAUCUAAGCUAAAUAGCGCCCUCUAUCAGUCCAAGUUAAUAGCAAGGCUUGAAGAGUUUCUAAGCUGCAAGAAGUUUGAUAAACUUACUCUAGAAAACGGAUUCAUUGAUGCAGCUAGUUAUGAAAACAUAGAUCUGGAAUUAAUGCAUCUUUGUGCUUGCGUUGUCCUGCUCCAGAGGGCUUUUGCAGAAACCUCUUUGAGAAAGGUGAACCAACUCUGGAGUUCAGUACAAGAGAAAUGUCAAUUUGUAGGAUACAAUUUUAACUUUGAUAAUUUUGUUGGUGAAAUUUGUAUACCAAACAGUAGUUAAUGUUGAUAAUUAUAUGAUUAUAAUAAUAAAUAAUUAUAAUAAAUAUAGUAAGAAAUCUGGAUUUUUAGACAAAUUAAAAUAAUUGACAAUAAUACAGUAAACAUUUUUGUAAAUACUAACGUGUAGGAAACUUGAUUGGCUUUCACCCACCAAAGUGAAGAUAAGCGAACUUGAAUCCCCCGAAUUACACUCAAGUAGAUAAAAAUCACCUACAAUCAGCUUAUUUUGCGAGCAGGUAGUUACCCCCACUAAGUCAAGCUCCCCAACCUACUUCAGCUUCCCCCACCCCACCCCAAAUCAUUCAACAUGUUGGGUGAUUUAAACAAUCAGCCAAUUACUCAGUGAAACUAAACUUUUUGAGAAGAGUAGGGGGUUACCCUGAUGUACUGAUCCAUACAGCCGUGUUACGGUCCAUUAGGUCCUUUGCAGGAUGUACCUACGUAAACGGGUGGGAACUGAUGGGAGACGCGAAGAUUAAGAGUGUGGGAGGGCUCGAUAAUUAAAUGAUAGGUGAUAUGAGAUUAUUAUCUACUUGAGUGUAAUUUAUUGUAUUAAAAAAUAUUACAAAGAA